AUCUCCUUUUGCUUCACUCCCACUUCCUCCCCUCCUUCUCCACCCCCUACUUCGUCCCUAUAACUCCUUUUGCAAAUAGCAAAAAGGCACCUCAGGACUCAGCCCCGCACAGCACAGCACAACGCAGACGUAUACGACACUUAUAUCCAUGGUUGACAGCACCACCCGCAUCAAAUACAGACCCGCCACCGAGCUCGUCUAUGUCGAUAACUCGGACGGCAAAGGUCCUAAGGACAGCUACAAUGCUGCAUCCAUGCCCAUCUAUCAGACGGCCACAUUCAAACAGUCCUCCUCCACGCAGAUGGGCGAAUACGACUACUCUCGGUCCGGAAAUCCCACUCGCUCCCACAUCGAGAACCAUCUCGCCAAGAUCAUGUCUGCAAAGAGGGCCUUUGCAGUGAACAGCGGCAUGACGGCCCUUGAUGUGAUCACUCGCUUGGUCAAGGCAGGUGAAGAAAUCAUCGCAGGAAACGAUCUUUACGGAGGCACCAAUCGAUUGCUCAGCUUCCUUGCAACCCACAACAAUGUCAAGACACACCACAUCGACACCACUGAUUCUGAAGCAAUCACACCAUAUCUCUCCGAAAAGACACGCCUCGUAUUGCUGGAAACACCAACCAACCCAUUGAUGAAGGUCGCAGAUAUCCCACGGAUUUGUGAGAUCGUCCAUGAGCGAUGCCCAACUGCAUAUGUUGUCGUCGAUAACACCAUGAUGUCGCCUUACCUUCAAAGGCCCUUGGAAUUGGGUGCGGACAUUGUGUACCACUCUGGAACCAAAUACCUCAGCGGACACCACGAUCUUAUGGCCGGAGUCGUUGCUGUCAAGGAUGAUGCCGUCGCCGAUAAAAUCUAUUUUACAAUCAAUGCUACAGGGGUCGGUCUCAGUCCAUUCGAUUGUUGGCUGCUGAUGAGGGGAGUCAAGACUUUGGCUGUGCGCAUGGAUCGUCAGCAAGCAAACGCCAUCAAGAUUGCCGAUUUUUUGGAAUCUCAUAAGUUUAAGGUCCAUUACCCUGGACUCAAGACCCAUCCCCAGUACGAAUUGCACGCAAAAAUGUCCGCAGGGCCAGGAGCCGUGCUCAGCUUCGAGACCGGAAACGUGGAGCUGAGCGAGAAGCUCGUCGAGCUGACUCGUCUUUGGGGUAUCAGCGUGAGCUUUGGUUGUGUCAACUCUUUGAUCAGUAUGCCAUGUCGCAUGUCGCACGCCAGUAUUCCUGCCGAGGUCCGUGCUGCGCGCGCCAUGCCCGAGGAUUUGAUCCGGUUGUGCGUAGGUAUUGAGGAUGUGGACGAUCUGCUGGAAGACCUGUACCAUGCCUUGACGGCAUCUGGUGCCCUCAAGCUGGCCAAUUGAGGGCUCAACAGGGUGGACGAUUCAACGCAUACAUAUUCAAUCCCUUCAUCGUAUCAUAGCACAAAUUAGUACCCUUCAAAUAUAUUAUCGUGCUCAAUAUGAGUAAUGCCAGGGCGAAGCAACAAGCGCCCCAACUAAACCAUGCGGUCCUGGUUUCACUUUGUGUCAUUUUAAUGAAUGUACUGUACACACGUUGACAAAAAUAAUGAAAGGCAAGACGAAGAAAAAAG